GAUUCAGGCACUUAACACAGAUAUUUUACAUCAAUAUGAUAGCUAUUAUCAAAAUCUUUAGCAAUGUCACGUCAUUGUUUCUCACGAACGUCAUGUGCAAUUUCGGACACGAAGUUAAUCUGUAAAUAAACAUAGGAUUAUCUUAUCUGAGGCUUAUCUGUAGAAUGCGGCAGGUCUGGGCGGUGGGGGGCGGUCCCUCGCUCGCGACCAAGCCACAGCUGAUUUCACAUGUGCCCGUCCGCGGUACCGCGCGCUCGCUGUGCGUUUCUCUCUGUGAAAAUGCCGGCAACUUAAUACAUCGGCAAUAAUACUAUAAAGUUAUAAAUAAUUCCGAAAGUGAAUGUGUUACUGAUACUAUUGCACGGACCAAUAAAUAUACACAAAAGGAUAUUCACGGAAACAUUGGAGCGAUAUUUUUACUUGCGGAUGGUGUCAUAAGGCGUGUGUCCAGUCAUGCGCAGCGACGUGGCAUACCGCGGGCUCUCGCAGCACGUGGAGCUGGACCGGGCUGCAGACCCUCGCGACCGGUUCACUCUACAGGAGCUGAUCGGAGAGGGGACAUACGGCGAAGUGUACUGCGCCAGGGACAAGAAGACCGGCCGACGGGUUGCUAUCAAGAUCUUGGAAAACAUAACCGAAAAUAUAGAAGAAAUUGAAGAGGAAUUCCUUGUGUUUCGAGAUUUAUCAGGUCACCCUAAUAUUCCGGAGUUCUUCGGACUGUUUUUGAAGCGUGGCGUCUGUUCAGAUGACGACCAAAUAUGGUUCGUCAUGGAGCUCUGCACCGGCGGUUCGGUGACUGAUUUAUGCGCGGGAAUGCGGGCUCGCGGGAGCAAUCUCACCGAACCACAACUCGCGUAUGUGUUGCGAGGAACCGUACGGGCCUUGACACAUCUACACGCUCACCGAUGCAUGCAUCGUGACGUCAAAGGGCAUAACAUUCUGCUCACAGAAGAUGCUGAAGUUAAACUUGUUGAUUUUGGUGUAUCGUCGCACUUGGCGGCCACAGCUGCCAGACGAAAUACUUCAGUGGGUACGCCUUACUGGAUGGCGCCAGAGGUCAUAGCGUGCGAACAACAAUUAGACGAAUCUUAUGACUGCCGCUGUGAUGUUUGGUCUGUGGGUAUAACGGCUAUAGAGUUAGCUGAAGGGGAACCACCACUCUCUGGCCUACAUCCGAUGAGAGCACUUUUCCAAAUACCUCGAAACCCGCCGCCAACUUUAUCUCAUCCAGAGAUGUUCUCACCACAACUCGUAGACCUGAUUGCAGACUGUUUAAUCAAAGAUAUGAAUCAGAGGCCCUUUGCUAGAGAACUGCUGGAGCAUCCUCUACUACUCGCUGUCAGUAGCUUUGAGGAUAAGAUCCGCAAAGAGCUUCAGGCGGAAAUAAAACGACAGAGAGCCGAAGGCCGAGGCUCUCGCGCGCCUGAAGCCACGACCAAAAGGGGAAAACUGAAAUCGCAUCGAAAAGCCCGACCUGAGAAAAUGUACACAGAUGACCUAGCCACAUUGGAAGUACUAACAGAAGACGCAAUCGUAGAUCAACUGCAGAAGAGAUAUACACAAAACCAGAUUUACACCUACAUCGGAGAUAUACUUGUCGCUGUGAACCCGUUUACUGACGUGGGAAUUUAUACCUCAAAGAUUCAACAGAUAUACCAAGGUCGGUGUCGCUCGGACAACCCGCCGCACAUCUACGCCGUGGCGGACGCGGCCCAUCAGGCGCUGAUGCACCAGAAGCUGCAUCAAGCUAUCGUGAUAUCUGGUGAAAGUGGCGCCGGCAAGACUGAGUCUGCUAACCUCUUGUUGAAACAGCUCGUGUAUUUAUCAAAGACUCAAAAUCGUAAUUUAGAAGAGAAGAUAUUACAAGUGAACCCAAUAAUGGAGGCUUUUGGUAACGCUCGCACCGGGAUCAACGCAAACAGUUCUCGUUUCGGCAAAUAUCUAGAUUUGUCUAUGAUGAGAGUUGGGCGGAUAUCUGGCGCUCGAAUGUCUGUGUAUCUUCUUGAACAGUCUAGAGUGGUUCAUCAAGCUUUAGGAGAAAGCAACUUCCACGUGUUCUACUAUCUAUACGACGGCUUGGAGAGCGAAGGUCGAUGGAGGAAGUUCUACCUCGACGAACAACUAAAGUCCAGGCACCGCUACCUGCAGCCGCUGUCCGUCACGCAUAGGGAGCACAACGUGCAUCGCUGGAGGCAACUUAAUCAAGCUUUUAAGGUUGUCGGUUUCCAAGAUGAGGAGGUCCAAAUCAUCUAUAAGAUGCUGGCCGCUAUACUACAUCUCGGUGAUAUCGAGUUUGGUGAGACGGCUGGAGAAGACAACACGGACAAUAAAGCCACUAUCAUUGACACUGCACCGUUACAUAGAGCAUCAUGUCUCCUCGGCGUGGAGACAGUGGACCUUCGCGAGUGCCUCACUAGCAGCAGCGUGGUCGCUCGAGGCGAAACCAUCGCCAGACACAGCUCACCCACUGAAGCUGCUGUGGCAAGAGACGCGACUGCAAGAGGUCUAUAUGCAAGAGCCUUUGAUAGAAUUGUUGAAAGAAUAAAUGCACUACUCUGUCAGAACAGACCUAAUAUGAACGAGCAGCUCUCCAUUGGAAUACUGGAUAUCUUUGGAUUUGAGAACUUCAACAAUAACUCUUUUGAGCAGCUUUGCAUUAAUAUUGCGAACGAACAAAUCCAGUACUAUUUCAAUCAGCAUAUAUUUACUUGGGAACAGCAAGAGUAUAUGGCGGAAGGUGUUCCAGUGGACUUGGUAGAGUUCUCAGAUAACCGGCCGGUUCUGGACAUGCUUUUGUCAAGACCGAUGGGCAUGCUGGCUUUGCUGGACGAAGAGAGUCGUUUUCCGCGAUCCACAGACAGAACCUUGAUUGAAAAGUUCCACAACAACAUCAAAAGUAAAUAUUACGUCCGUCCGAAAUCUGAUGCUAUCUGUUUUGCUGUUCACCACUUUGCUGGUCGUGUGGUGUACCAAGCUGACGGGUUCCUUGAGAAGAACCGCAACUUCCUUCCACCGGAAGUGGUACAGUUGAUGCGGCAGAGCCAGUACGACAUCAUCAGGUUCCUGUUCCAAUGUCCUAUUACUAAGACAGGGAACCUAUAUUCACCUCUUCAAGGAGACAUGGAUUCUCGGAGCUUGGAGAGUCCGACAUCCGGCGAUGUUAGGGAACGUUUCAAUAGUCGAGGUCUCGCCUCCCAGUCCAGGGCACAGCAGACAGUAUCAACUUACUUCAGAUAUUCUCUGAUGGAAUUACUCCAGAAGAUGGUGAGCGGAACUCCUCAAUUCGUGAGAUGUCUCAAACCAAAUGACUCUCGCUCACCAAAGCAUUUCGAUUCGGCGAAAAUAUUGAAACAGCUUCGCUACACUGGAGUUUUAGAAACUAUUAGAAUAAGGCAGAAUGGAUUUUCCCACCGACUCACCUUUGAAGAUUUUUUGAAAAGGUAUGGCUUUCUAGCCUUCAGCUACGAUGAGGUAAUGAAACCCAACCGUGAUACAAGUCGACUUCUUCUGCUUAGACUUAAGAUGGACGGCUGGGCUCUUGGCAAAUCCAAGGUCUUCCUCAAGUACUACCACGUUGAAGUUCUUGCCAGAAUCUAUGAAGAACAGAUAAGAAAAGUAGUGCUGGUCCAAGCGUGCGUCCGCGGUUGGUUGGCACGGCGCCAUUACCAGCGGUUAAAGGCACAGAUGGCGAUAUCAGUCCUUACUCUGCAAAGACACGUGCGCGGAUGGCUAACCCGCCGACGACUGCAGGAGAGACAGAGACAGCUAGCGCGAGAGUUCCAAAUGGAGCAGGAAAGCCAGAGGAAACAACAUAAGGCUGGUGUCCCAAACAAGAACAAAGCUAUGAUGAAGGCCAAGGUUUUGAGGCGAAUGACGUCACAGGACAGCGACACCAAUGAAACAAGUUCUGGAAACAAAGAAAACAUUGACACCGCAAGAGCAGCUGUUGUUAUACAGAGUCAUUUCCGCGGCUACACGGCCCGCCGCAAGUGGGCUAAAGGCCGCGCGCCCCCUCCGCCCUCCAUGGAGGCCCCCACCACGCCGCAGCAGCUCAUGCAACACUACUCCGUUCAGGAGAGAGCCUCGCAGCUCCACACCUUCGCCGACCAGGUGCACGAUAAGAACCAAGAGGUCCACAAGAACCUGCGCCGCAACAAGCCGGGCAUCAGGCUGCAGGAGGUGCAGCGAGCUGACGAGUACCGCCAGCCGCCGGGCUUCACCCUCGUGCCUGCUAUCGUGCGCGGACAGCCCACGCAAUUGGAGCGGGAUGCCAGCAGACUGUCCAGAUACCAACCAACGAGCAACGGUCACGACUACAGGGACGACAGGCAAACAGACGACAGGCAAAGGCAUCUACAGGCAAACCACAACUGGCAGAACUUGCCCUGCAGCCGGCAAUGCGGGGGCCUAGUCAGCAAUAAAAUCAACGAGCUGGUGCGAAAAUCUCAAAAAUCAGAACCACCGCCGCGGCCAGUUUAUAAUCCCACCUAUGACCCCGAGUCAGACUUGAGGAAGAUACUUCGGAACUCGCCAGAAAUACUCGCAACGCCCAUAUUUAGCUCGGAUGAUGACUAUACCGAGGGACCGUUUAGAUUCAAACAGCUGUUGAGGCCAACCCUCGGUCCAACAGAAAGUUUAAGAAAAAGGAAAGUCAGAAAUUCGUCAGGACAAAGUCCUUGGAUGUCUGACAGUUCCCAAGACAGUACUAGCUCUAAGCAAGCAUUGUGCAAACGCCGACCACAAAUCAGUAUGGGGGUCUUCUACAAUUGAUAAGCUAGUAACUGGCAAGUUUGCAAGUUAGCUGCGAGUUCCUCUACCUCUAAGCGAUAACACGUUCCCAACUUCCUAGAUAGUUUGGCUGCCAUAACUGCAGUCAACAGUUUUCCCUCACUGUUGAAACAUAAUUAUAGCACAUGGUUAAUGUGUGCGUGUGCUAACGUUUGAUUAAAUAUUAUACUAUUAUUAAUUAGCCAUUUAUAAUGAAACUAUAACCCAUGUUAGUGGUCUCUCAGACUUGUACCCUUAGUCUAUUUUCGAUCUAUUUAUCUGUAAUAACAUUGUAACAAUAUAUUGUAAAAUGUUUAACCGAUAUUGAUUGCGCUUGCCUCACUCGCAGCCAUAAAUGACUAAUAUUUAAGAGCACUUAUUAUUUUAUAGCCUAUAAACCUAAAAUUCAAUAUUAUUCACGAAGAGUAUUAGAAACAUUGUGUACUCUAUUUAAAAGAGGUUUAUGUAAAUUGGAAAUACCUCUGCCACGAGUUUAGGUUUCUUCCUCCGAGCAUUUUGUAUAAAAAAUGACAAUAUCCCAAAAGUGUCUUUCAACUGUUUAUUUUAGAGCAAUUUAACGCUGAAGUUAAUAAGAGUUGAGCCACAAUGUAGUAAACCCAGUGCAGAAAACCACUGAAACAAUUUCUAUAAUAAUUUGAAGUGCUCUCGAAAUGUUCCCAAUUUAUGCAAUUACCAAAGUCUAACACAUAAAUUUUAGUUAAUAAGCAAUCCUACUGUGACUUCGCUACUUUAAUUGAAUAGAAAUGUAUGCUAUUAUUAUUCUAACCGUACUUAUCUUGUAAUAUUUAUCAGUAUUAUUACAUAAUCUACUUGUGUUUACAAUAUGUAUAUCGAAAGUAGGAUCUCACCGGAAUAGUAAUAUUGUAAAAAUUACUCAUUAUUGCCAUCACAGUUAAAAAGAGUAAAUCUUUAGAUAUAUAACGUAUAUAAAAUUAUAAAUCAUUGACAACCUUUGUGAUAAUGUGCCAAUGAUUAUUGAUAAGUUAUUAGUGUGUAUUGAGGUGGUCAAAGAUAUAAAAAUAAAGUUUGUGCAACAGUAA